UGUCUAUGGUUUGUUGUGUUGUUGAAAGGAAAAACGUAAACAAACGGGCGCACUCAUUACUGUUUCGUGAAAUUUUAUUAAGAAAAGCUAGUUAAAUUAUGACCCGCCACGCUAGAAAUUGUACUGCCGGGGCCGUUUACACGUACCACGAGAAGAAGAAGGAUGCGGCCAACUCGGGCUUCGGCACAACGUCCCGUCGCAUCGGGAAAGAUUCGGUCAAGAGCUUCGACUGCUGUUCCCUCACCUUGCAGCCGUGUCGGAAUCCAGUAAUAACUAAAGAUGGCUAUCUGUUCGACAAGGAAGCGAUCCUGACGUACAUCAUCUCGAAGAAGAACGAGUACAGCCGGAAGAUGAAGGAGUACGAGAAGCAGAUGAAGCAGGACGAGGAGGAGGAUGCGGCCAAAGCGAACGCGGAGCUCCAGAAGAAGCUGGACAAAUUCAUUUCCACCGAGAAGAACAUCGUCAGCAACAAAGCAGUCACACUGAACGGUAAUGGAGCAUUUGUGGUUCGUUUUUCGUUAUUCUCACAACCUUUCCUUCUUUUUGUUUCCCGCCCACCAGCAGAACAACCCAGCACGAGUGGCGCCAUCUCGAACGUGUCGCUCGGCAAGCGUAAGGAGCUGCCCAGCUUCUGGGUACCGUCGCAGACGCCGGCCGCCAAGGUGUCGCGCAUCGAAAAGCCGGACAGCAAGAUCUACUGUCCCGUGUCGAACAAACCGCUCAAGGCGAAGGAUCUGAUCGAGGUGAAGUUUACGCUGGUGAAGGAUCCGGCCGACAAGAAGUCACUGAUCGCGAAGGAAAACCGCUACAUGUGUGCGGUGACGCAUGAUAUCCUUAGCAAUUCCGUACCGUGCGCAGUGCUGAAACCGACCGGAGACGUCGUUACGAUUGAGUGUAUUGAAAAAAUCAUCAAAAAGGACAUGAUCCAUCCGCUGACGAACGAAAAGCUCUCCGAGUCGGAUAUUAUACCACUACAGCGGGGCGGCACCGGUUUUGCAACGACGAAUGAAAAACUGGAAGCCAAAGAGCAGAAGCCAUGUCUGCAGGUUUAAGUGUGUGAUUCAGUAAAUUCAAUAUUCAAAACUCAAUAAAAAUGACCUAGAUGCUAAGAGGAAUCCUA